ACGCGGUCCACCAUUUCCAUUCCUCUGCUCCCGACGAAUCCAACAACCAAACCAAACCAAGAGGAGCCGACGGCGGCGACGGCGACGGCGACGGCGACAGCUGCCCGCAACGACGAAGGCGGAAGGCGCCCUCUCAUCCAUGUGCUGGAAGCGGAAGCAAGCAAGCGCUACCAACAGCUCAAGCUCCCAUCUCUUCUCACUUGCCGGCAGCGCAGUUGUCUCCUCCUCUCCCUGUCACGACGGCGGCGGCGGCGGCUGCUCCUCCUGGGUCUGCAUCAGCCGCACCACCCCUGAAAAGCAGAUAGCCAGGCCUCCCCCGGCAGUCGGCAUCCAUCACCGGCAGACAGGCACCUGGUGCGCGCACGUCAACGCCAACGUCAUAUCCCUGCAUCAGAUGGGGAUGUACGCGGCGCUCCGUGUAGCGCAAUGGGUGGUGGGCAAGGCACUAGCACCCGUUGCCGACGGCGUGCUGGGGGCUUGGGCAGCCACCAACAACUUUGGCCCCAACGUCGAGGCCCUCAGCACGGAACUGCUGUGGGUGAAGGCCACGCUCGAACAAGCUGCCCUCAAGGAGCUUGGUGGGCCAGCCAUGGAGGAGCUGAUGCAGAAGUUGCGGGACUCGGCGCACAAUGCCGAAGACUUGCUGGACGAGCUGGACUACUUCCGCAUCCACGACGAGCUCCAUGGCACGUAUGAUGCUGCCGACAAGCACGGCAAGGGUUCUGUUCGCAACCUUGCCCUCAAUUCUCGCCACACUGCCAAAGCUGUUGGCAAACUGGUCAAUUGUUGCGCUUGGCAGCGUGCUAAGGGUCCGCAGAGGUCAUACAACAAUUCGUCAAUGCCAAACGCCAAUCAGGAGGUCAGUGGAUGCAUGCCCAAGCUCGGUAAACUACUCCCUUGCUCUUCUUCCCCGCAUCCACAUGCUGGUGAUGAUGAUCGGGGCAGUGAGCAAGAAACACCAAACCUUGAGUUUAAUAGGGUUGAUUUCUCUCAAAGGAUGAAUGACAUUGUAGAGAAACUGCAGCUCAUGCGUAGUGAGUUUAGCAAGAUUUUGAUACAUUGCGGCCCUAGAACUGUCCCUGACAUUGCCCAAAUUCGUCCCAUCACCAAAGGUCGAAUUGAUGAGCCAAAAUUGUAUGGGAGAGACUGUGUCAUGAAUAGCAUCAUACAUGAUAUCACCAAGGGUCAAGACCGUGACAAGAGUCUGACUGUGCUUCCAGUUGUUGGUCCAGGGGGAAUAGGAAAGACAACUCUGAUGCAACACAUAUAUCACAACCAACAAGUGCAAAAUCAUUUUCCAGUCAAGUUUUGGAUAUGUGUGUCGCUCAAUUUCAAUCUGGAGAAGGUGCUAGAACAGAUUGAAACAAGUACCCCUAAAGUCGAAAAUGAAAGAAAGGGCAGUACAACAGAAGAGUUGAUUGAACAAAGAUUAAAAUCUAAAAGGUUCUUACUCGUAUUGGAUGAUAUAUGGCAGCUUAGCAAUGAGGAUGACUGGGGAAAAUUAUUGUUGAUACUCGAUAAAUCACAAGAAAAGGGCUCCAUGAUUCUCGUCACAACUCGGUUUCAAGCAAUAGCAGAGAAGGUUAAAACAACUGGCCAAUCAAUAAAGCUGAACGGUUUAGAACCUGAAGAGUUUAGAAAGUUAUUCCUUGCAUUUAUCUUUGGUGAUGAGCAAUAUCCAAAGGAUAAACAUUUUCUGUUUGAGACUGGAGAUAAGAUAAUGGAGAAACUAAAGGGCUCCCCUCUUGCAGCAAAAACGGUUGGUAGAUUACUGAGUAAAGACAUUAGUUUGGGUCAUUGGAAAAGGGUCCUCAAAAGUAAAGGAUGGGAGAAGCAGACUGGUGACAACGAAAUUAUGCCUGCCUUGAAACUUAGCUAUGACUUUCUCCCUUUCCAUCUGCAACAAUGUUUUGCCUAUUCUGGAUUGUUUCCUGAAGAUUACCUUUUCAAAAGCCAUGAGCUGAUCAGUCUGUGGAUUGGACUAGAUAUUUUGAUGCCUAGUGGUCAAAACCAAACAUUUGAAGAUAUAGGUUUGAGCAAUUUAAGUGACUUAGUCAUUCAUGGAUUUUUCAGAGAAGAGAAAACUGAGCAUGGUUUGCAUUAUGUUAUGCAUGACCUACUGCAUGAUUUGUCAUUGAAGGUUGCAUCUCAUGAUUGCCUUAGUUUACGUCUCCCUAGUGUUGGAUCAGUAGAGAUUCAAUCAACCACCCGUCACUUGUCUAUCAGCACAAAUGGUCCAGUGUCUUGUAAACAAUUAAAGAGUGGAUUGGAAGAACUGAAGACAAGAUUUAAGGUUGAACAUUUGCAAACAUUGAUGAUAUUUGGAAAAAUUGGUAAAGGUAUUGCCAAGAUAUUUGGUAAAUUUUUUGGGGAAGCAAACACUCUUCAUGUUCUUCAUUUGCCCAACAUGUUCUGUCCAGUGGAGUCCAUGUUACAUAAUUUCUCUGGACUUGUCCACCUACGAUACCUAUCUCUAGGGACAAAGGAGAAGUGGAUGCAUAUACCACUUAGAAUCUCUAAAUUUUAUCAUUUAAGGAUUCUAGAUCUUCAGUUGUGGGAUGGCCGUCGUGAUUUGCCCGAAGACAUGAGCAACCUUGCCAAAUUGUGCCAUUUUUAUGUCCCAGCUGAUGGCCAGCUUCAUUCUGACAUUUAUAAUGUGGGAAAACUUAAACUCUUAGAAGAAUUAAAGGCAUUUCAAGUCAAUAAAAAAAGUGAAGGAUUUGAACCAAAGCAACUAGAGCAUUUAAGCAAGCUCAGGGAGCUUGGCAUCUACAACCUUGAGAAAAUACACACAGAAGAAGAAGCAGCUCAAGCAAAACUGAUAGAGAGAAAGCACUUAAGGAGGUUAACAUUGGAAUGGGAUCGUGAGCGGUCUAGUGUCGAGCCUAGUGUGGAAGCAGUGGUUCUUGAGAGACUUCAACCACAUGGAGAUCUUCAAGUGUUGUGCAUUAGAGGGCACGGAGGUCCUUCUUGUCCAACAUGGUUGGGUGAUGAGUUCGCUCUUGAAGCUCUACAGUCUCUUUAUCUGUAUGGUGUUUCUUGGGAAGUGUUCACUUUUUUAGGGAAGGCGUGGGAUCUCCGUGAAUUAAUAUUUGAGAAUAUUGCCAAACUGAAGGAGUUUAUCAUAGAGAAAAGCUUUUGCAUGCUAACAGAGCUUAAACUCAUUGGCUUAGGAAGUUUUGAGAAAUGGGUGUAUCCAGCUGAAAAAGAAUCUUCUCUGGGUGGAGAUUUGUUGCCAUCAGAUACUGAUAUGUUCCCUCUUUUGCAAGUGUUGAUUAUCAGAAAUUGCCCAAAAGUCCUGGGGUUACCUUUCUCAAACCACAUUGUUUCGCCAAAUUGGUUCCCAAAACUACAAGAGCUUAAGAUAGAAAACUGUUCAGAAUUCUUGUUAGUGAUCCCUAUGUCUUGGAUUGGAAGUUUGCGUCAUGUCUCGAUUCGCCGUGUCAAGCUGCUAGAUGAGUUUGAAUACUCAAAAUCGUCUGAUGGAGUAGAAUUGAGUAUUACUGGAUAUGGUGAUGUGCAUAGCUUAGACCAAGUGUUUGUUUUCGAUAAAGAAUCAGUUCUUGAGAAAUUGAUACUCACGAGAUGCCCACCCUUGGAGUUGAAGCACCUUCUGAUGCUAACCUCGCUGAAGGAACUAUUGGUAGGAAAUUUAGAUUCUCUUGUUGGACCAUUAGGAGAGGGUGAUGUGGAAUGGCAGCUCCCUGUUGAGCAUAUCAAGAUCUGGGACUUAAAUGGUAAUACUGGGAACGAAUUGACAGAGCUCCUCCGCCACCUCCCAAGGCUCUCCAAAUUGGAAAUAUGGAAAUGUAAAAAUAUAAAAAAACUGGUAGUGGGGGUGGAUGUGGAACAAACAACACAAGAAGCAUCAGAGAUGGGGGGAGGUGAAAUAAUAGCAGCAGCAGCAGAGGAAGAGGAUGAUGGGGUGCUGCUCUUCCCACCUCAUCUCUGUGACUCACUACUAGAAUUGGAGUUCCGAGGCUGCCAAGAGCUGGUCCUGGUGGACCCGCCAACUCUUGUUCCUGGAGGAGGAGGACUCCAAGCCUUGCGAUCCCUCGAGAGAUUAACAAUAGUGAAUUCUCCAAAGUUUCUAUCUCCCUUCUCGUUUUCCCGUCACCUUUUCCCUUCCUCCCUGCAGUUCCUGGAGCUUCGGAAGGUGGAAGGCAUGGGGACACUUGAACCCCUCUCAAACCUCUCCUCUCUUAUGAGAUUGAAAUUGGUUGAUUGCGGAGAGGAUCUGAAAUGUCAGGGCUUGCAGUCUCUCAUUACCGCUGGGGCCCAGCUCAACAAAAUAGAAGUCAUUGGCAGCCCUAGAUUCUUUACUGAUUGGGAUCCCAAUUCCAGACGGGGUUCAGAAGGUGUUGGAGCAGGAGAACAGUAUCAGACACAGCUUGUAUCGUCCACACUGCAGAAACUCUGGACAGAAGACGCAGCGGGGCUCUUUGCUGCACCCAUAUGCAGCUUCCUCUCUUCCUCCCUUGUGGAGCUGGAACUUGACGGGAGUUUGUCCAAAGGGAUGGGACGCUUCAGCAAGGAGCAAGAGGACUCCCUUCAGCUCCUCUCCGCACUCCAACAACUUAAGUUUGAGAGUUUCAAACACCUUCAGCAACUCCCUGCAGGGCUGCACAACCUUACGAGCCUCAAGAUCUUAUCAAUCCGCUACUGUCCAAGCAUUUCGUCAUUGCCCAGUGACGGCCUCCCCAAAUCACUGCAAAAGCUACGUGUCGGAUACUGUAACAAUGACGUGCUAGAACAGCAGUGCAGGGGGUUAGUGGAAACCAACCCAGGUAUCAAAAUAGACUGGUGAUCCAAGGACGAUGCCUUGGAGUUCCCUUGUACAUUAUUCUAGCCUUGUAGAGCUCAACUCUUUUCAUACAGACACACUUGCCACAUGGAUGACAUGAAGGUCUAACCAGUGAUGGAACUGUAAAUACCUUGCCCUCACAUAUUUCAGUCAGACAUCACAUGAAGGUCUUGUGGCUGUGUCUUCCUUCCUGUACUUAAAUCUGGUGUUUUUUCAAUGUUACGGGCUUCUUCCUAUUUACGGGCUUCUUCCUAGUUUGGGUGCCACAAUCAAAAUAUCACUAUGGCAUAAGUAUGGAAUAAAUGAGACUUCGGGGCCAAAUUACUGAUAUCAAGGUGUUCUAGUUUUUGUUUGGUGUUUUUUUAGCAAUUUGUGUUUACAUAUUGUCCAAAACUCAUGAAGACUGUCUACUUGGAAAGUUUAGUUUUAUGGAUCAAAGGAUCAUCUUGGUGUAUUUAUGGAAAACAAUGAGUUGUCAAGUGUGUUUUACUACUGAUAAGAAGAAUAGCCGGCAUAUCAUAUCAGUGCACGUGUGGAGCCAAUUCAGAUCAUAUGCGGCAGAAGCAGUCUGAAGUAAAUCAGGAAGUUGAUUAAUUCUGGGAACUUACUUGGUGCCCCAACUGUUUCAACCAGUGAUGGAACUUAGAUGAAUCUCCUUGGAAGCAGUAGAUUGAGUUGGGGAGUGUUCUGCCACUGCAACAGACACACACGAAUGGUGCUGUUCGGUGAAUGCAGUUUCAACUGUUACUUGUGAUGCCUCCUUCGGUUCUUCCUUGGAUACUUGUCUACUUAAGAUAGUCCAUACGAUGGUUAGCGUUGUGCUCAUUCAGUACAGUCAAAUGUAACAUGGCAUGGAAAGUGCCUACCUGGAAGAAAUGGUCAGCAAUAGAAUGCUGCUGGCCUGGCUUGCUUGAAGUGUUUACCUUCAGUUCUUGGCGCGUGCUUACUGAUCGUCUGCAAAGGCAGUGAAGUCCCAAGAUAUCAUCACCGAAGUCCCAAGAUUUUCGGCAGCUUCCGCAUCUAGCAGUACGAGUGACCUUCCGCUUCCGGAUCUUCGAGUGUGACCGCGUGUAUACUUGGGGUGCACCUCUGAACCAUGUUCAGAUGUUUAUCCAAUCCACUCAGCUUAUCACGGACUGCUAUACACCUGCUCGAUGAGUCCAGCAUUUAAUGCUACACGUUUCCCUCCUUGUCAGGAACCAGACUGCUUCUUCUGAACAAAUCAACACUUUUCAUACUGUUAACUGAAAGAAAUCGACACCCAGCAGUCAAUUGGCGCCAAACCUGUCGGGCUCACCGUCAACCGUAUGAUCUUCAUCUAACGGCAGCUUCUACCGCUUCUCUCGGAGUUACGACAGACCACCACCCUUGCGGGAGCACACGAGAUCGAUCAUGGCCAAAUUAAGGCAGUGAAGUUCUAAGAUGUCAUCAUUACCAGAGAGGAGAGGAGCACCAUUUACUGAACUUUGCGCAAUCGAGCUGCCCAAUACGCUCUUCAAAUGAUGAACUACUUCUUCACCAUCGAUUUGCAUGAUCUUGUGCUCCAGACUUGGUAGCAGAAGUAUCAGUCGACCGCCUCUGGGAAGAUGACCAAGGUGAUAGUGCUCUAUGGAAUUUGCGCAGAACCAUGCAAUUCCAAUCCAAGUUUGCCAUUAGGCCUUCAUCAUGCAGUUGUUAAGCUUCUGUUGUUGUACAAACUGAAGUUUCCCUUGUGAAGCGCACAUUCAUUCAUAUUAGACAUUCUAUGUAUAUUAUCACUGUCACCACCAUUACUUAUUUAUGCCUCGAGUAUAACGGCGCACCUUUCCUUGGUAGUUA